AUGUCAUCUAUCUCCAUCAAACUCCCAAAAGUCCACGGUAGCCAAGGGGCCAAUUCGGUCCCGCCAAACGACUUCAUAAUCGGGACAUGGCACGUAACCUACUCCAGCCUCCCCCUAUGGAAAGGCAAGCGCAACGUCAACAUCACCUACAAGCUCCUCCCCGCAGAUGCUGCCGGAGUACACAAGAUAGAUGACCUGGUACAAUACCAGUCCAUUGGCUCUGAGAAAAUCAAAUCCGUCCAUGGCGUGGACACUCCAACGCCAGGUAAUCCGGGCGCCUGGGAUUGGCGCGGCAAAGGCUGGCUGAUGAUCGCGAGCUCGCACUGGGAAUGUCUCGGGUUCGGUCAUACCGAUGAUGGUAAUCAGUGGGUUGUCACGUACUUUGAUAAAACACUUUUCACGCCUGCUGGCAUUGAUGUCUACUCGAGGCACAAGGAGGGGCUACCUCAGACUACUGUCGAUCAGAUACUGGAUGCUCUCAAGGGGCUUGAGCUCGAUGAUAUUACCGACCUCGCUAAUGGUGUCUUUCAGAUUCCACAGAACUAG